GGAAGGAGAGAAGCCGGGGAGAUCUCGCAUCGCGUCCCGGUGUGUCGGUCGGUCGUCGUCGCUUCACCAAAACGUGCGCGAUAGCUCCCCCUGUCGCGUCGCCGCCGGCGUUUUUUGCCUACUCCUCCGUGCGACUACUUGUUCCGUCCGGCGCGCGACUGUGAGCUGUGCGAGCCCGACGCCUCUGGAUUCCGUUUUUUACCUACGAAGCACGAGCACCUACCCGCAAGUACCACUUCGCAUCGAACGAUUCUUCGGAAAAAAACAAGCAUCUGCCGAACGUCGCAAGCUCCGGGUGUACGGACGACACACCCUCCCUAGUUUCCCUGCUCGGAACACAGGAUAUACAGUGAUUGACGGCGUGAUCGAGCCAUAGGCGGUCGCCAUGGGCCAGAAGAUGGGCAAGCAGCGCUCGGCGGACAUCACGCCGGCGCCCAAGGACAAGGUGAAGCGGCGCAAGAGCAAGCGUGAGGCAGCCAACGGGGACACCCAGGGCACCAUCACGCCCACCGGCGACGGGGUGGUCGCCGCCACCACUGCCGUCCAGAAGGGCACUCAGGAGACCGAAGUGCCUGUGGAGAAGGUUGAGGCCGCCACCAAGGAGGUGAUCACCAACGGCACCGCCGACGCUCCCGAGGCCAAGUCAGUUCCCAAUGGCACGGCCGAGCCCGUAGCCGAGAAGAUCGCAGAGCCCGCGCCUCAGGAACCCGCGGCCCCCGCCGCCGAAGCAAAGCCAGCUGAAGUAAAGCCCGCGGAGGAGCCCAAGCCCGUUGCCGAGCCGCCCGCUCCUGAACCUGCGGCUGCACCAGCUCCCGUCGAACAGAAACCAGAAGAGCCCAAGCAGCCCGAACCAGAACCCGCACCCGCUAAGGUCGAGGAACAGCCCGCGGUCGUUGAGGAGGCUAAACCUGCGGAGGAGGCUAAGGUAACCGAAGAGGCACCCAAGGAACCCGUCCCAGCGGCUGCCGUAGAACCGGCCAAGGAAGAGCCUGCGCCGGCAUCUCAAGCCCCCGCCACAGACGCUCCUCCGGCUGAACAGGCCGAAACGAAGACCGAGCAGGAGCCCGCCGCCGAACCGGCCGUUCCUGCUGCCGAGGUCGUCUCUCCCCUCCAGGACUCCGGGUACCUCGAGCCACAGCCGACCGAGGUCGUUCUCGAGAAGGCACUAGCCGAGGCAGAGCAACAGGCCUCGGCGCCCACUGCCCCAGCCCCAGCCGAAGCAACCAAACCGGCCGAGGAAGUGCAGCCCUCCUCUGCUGAGCCCGCCGAGUCCAAGGAUCUUGACCUUCCGGCCGUCACGGAACUGCCCGCCGUGGAAUCGCCGACGUCUGAGCAGGCCGCGGCGCCCGCUGUUCCCCAGGCGCCCGCGACAGACGCGGCCGCCACGGAGUCUCCGUCCAGCGAAGCCCUGGAGGCUAAGCCCGAGGAGAAGGCGCCCGAAGUUGCCAGCCCCGUCGCCGACCUCCCGGCUGCACCCGCUGCUCCCACAGAGGCCCCAGCCCCCGCCGAGCAGACCUGCCCUGCGGAGUCAAGGCCCGAAGGAGAUGCUGCCGCCGAUGCCAAAGCCGAGAGUUCGAGCACCGAGGCUCCCAAGGUGGAGGAGUGAACCACGGGGAACCUUUGUCAUCACCCCACGCGCGGAAUCUAGAGUUCCCGAGCCCCGCUGACCAUGUUGUGGCUUUCGUUCUGUAAUCACGUUCUCGGGUGGGAAGAGACUCCUUGUGUGAGGGGAGGAGGGAUUAGGGGAGGGGUUCUUGUGCCCGCUGCGCCCUCUGACAGCCGGCGACGACGGGAAUUGUUGGACUUUAGUUGAAGCACGAUGCUCGUAUCGCGAUGAUACUGACGGAUAAAGUGACACGCUGUAGUUCCAUGUCCGAAGAGCUCGCACGGACCAUACAACCGGCGGAAGCCUUCGAAACAGGACUCGGGCGGCAACUGUGUGCCAGGUCGUGCCAUUUUUGUGAAGCGGGAAGGGGGAGGCCGAGCAGGGACGUCACUUGGGUGGACAACUGCUCGGCGUGUGUAGCGGGUAAACAAGGCAUGACACUCUACGCGUGGGUGUUCUACACAUUUGACUUGUCGCUUGUCUGUUUGGUUUCAGCGUUCUCGCAACACAUUCUUCUUGUCGUGUCAUGUGGUAGUGGAGCCGAAACGUCAACCAUCGCUCUCCGAGUCCUCCCGAAUGAACCUUUCCACGAAGAAAACCUGCGAUGCUGUCGCCACGACGAGGCCUGUCGAUAGUGCAGUUGCUGGCGCUUGACACCUCCGCAGUCUGUCCCCCUUUCCCUUGAUAGAUUUUUCGUCAGCGAGUCCGCACUUUUAUUAGUCCCGUUAUCGCGGAUAUAAUAGUGUGCCAUGGUGAAGAUGAUGUGUGUUAGUUGUGUUCUUUCAGUUCACUUUUGCCACGUAGUUACGUUUCCAAUGCUCCUUUACGCAUUAUUUAACCACUCAGCUUUACACAAGUACGCGGAUGGGAGUUUCACCAUCGUGUUUCUAGGUCAGUGUGCGUACGCGAGAUCAAGUUGCGGCGAGACCCUCGAUGAUCAAAACACUUGUCUCUGCAGACUCGGCCGCCGCCAUAACUGUCCGCCAGUCGCUGUUCGUUUUGUAUUUUAAAAGAAAUCUUGUACGGACAGAGGUCGCAGUGUUAUGUGCCAAUCAUCUCGUACUAGCCCGAACGUGGUUGCAGUUCUUUCCGUGACCAUCGUCGUCUUAUCUCGGGGUGCCCGAGAACUUUCGGCCCAGAAUUCACAUGCGUGCCAAGGUGUUGCCUUGAGAACAGUGUAGUUUGGUCUUUCGUCACCCGAGUUCACCGUAUUGUGCCGUUUUGGCAGUCGUCGCUAUCCCCCUUCGAGGAUGCCUAUUGCCAAGGGGGCGUCCCAGAAUGCGGAAAAACCGUUUGGUGACGCCGCAAGCCUGGCGUGCUCACAGGUCGGUGCUUUUCGGAUGUCUGAGUGACCACGUUCGUCAGCGUAGUCAGGAUUUUUGGACGGCUGCAUUUCUUCUCUACAAUAAUGCUGCGUUAUCACUUCAAAUAGCUCUAGCUGCACUAUCAGUCGACCAGCAGCACUUGGCUGGUUGAUGGGUUUCUUUGCCAUGCCUUGGCAACACAGUUUUAGUGUCACGUGAUAGCAGUUCCUCUCUGGCUUCAGGGUACCUUUGCUGCGAGAUGCCUUGGUGCUUUCAAGACACCCAGAACAAUUUUUUUUUUUUUUUCGGCGCCGCGGAGCUUCGACUUCUUUACACUUUCAUGGGCCGCAUCUUUUAGGCCUACUUGUACGCGCCACCUGGCAGUAUCUCUCAGUAGCUCGUUUGUACUCUUCACAAAGUUCGUUGAGCCAGGGCUGCGAGAUACGUCUGGCCGUGCGACUUCUAAGCACUAUAGCGUUGUCCAUGUUUUUCCUCGUCUGGCUGCAUUUUUUUUUUUCGAUGCCUUUUAACGUGAGUUUUUCAGCGUGUUUUGCAGACACUUCUUUCCGCCCCCCAAUGUUUAUACUCUGAAUAAACUUCUGAUUCAAACUUUUCA